GAGCCAAGUCGUCCCCGGCAUCUUCUCAGAAGUCUCAGAAGCUGAGCCCUGGAAAGAGCGAAGAGGUGCUGAAAACCCCUGAGCCGAAAGCGAAGCUGACUGCCGAGGCCAAGUCUACCAGUGCCCCCAAGAAGCUUGAGAGGGCCCGCCGCCUUCGGUCGACGAGCGAGCCAGCCUCGAAUUGCAAGGCCAGGGUGAAGAAAUCUAUUGCUAAGGCAAAGGCUUCCAAGAAAGCUUUCAGGGGCAAGAUCGGCAAGGGUAAGGCAAAGGACACCAGUGGGAGCAAGAAAUCCGCGACCCCCCCCGACCGCCGCAUCAGAGCAAAGCAAAGCGCCGAGGAGGAAUCCGAGAAGCCGGAUGAACCCGAGAAGACUGAGGCUUUCAUUAUGAGUGAUCGCAUUGCCGAGGCCUUGAAAAAGCUGGGCACAGGAGACCGGUCGGGCAACAAGUGCUCUGUGCUGGUGGAAGAUGAGGAUGCCAAGCAGAAGCGAAAGAACAAGAAGAACUCGUUCUAUCGCAGCCUCAUGAGCCACCUGAUUGCAGUUUACACCCGCACGAACACCCCAGAAGAGAUUCGCAUCGCAGCAGAGGGCGCCAGGGGCCGAGACAAAAUGGCCAUCUUGUAUGAGCAGUACACUGCCUGCGAAGGCAAAUGGAACCGUUCGAGCCUAGUCAUUUCUCUGAGAGAGCGACACUCCAGCAAGAAACGAGGGUGCCGGAAAUGGCUCACAUUCCGGCAACUGGUUGAGAAGUAUCAAUCAAAGGAAGCAGCCGAAGAAAUCAUUGCCAACAAGCUGUCGGACGACAAAAUGGCGAAGGAGGAUGUUAAGCCGCACCCAGACGCCCCUUCGAAUGAGCAGCUGAUGCUGUUCCGAGUGUGGGACGAAGAGGCCGAAAGUGAGGAGCAUGACGAAGUGCUCGACUCCCUGUUUUCCUUGAAUCAGGAGGAGGAUAUGAGAUCGAACAGGCGAUCGCGAAGUGAGAAGAAGAAAAAACGCAAGAGCUCGAGCUCUUCCUCAAAGGGCAGCAGCAGCAAGAGCAGCUCUGACGACAGUGACGACGUGAGCUCCUCGAGCAGUACCAAGAAAGCCAAGAAGAGCAAAAAGGCCAAGAAGAGCAAAAAGGGCAAGAAGAGCAAAAAGGACAAGAAAAUCAAAAAGGUCAAGAAAAGCAAGAAGGACGCCAGAAGCAAGAAUCGGAAGAGCAAAAAGGAAACAGCUAAGGAGCUGGAAGCCAAA